GCAUUGUCUGCCUGUUUACAUAAUUUAUCUUGAUUUAGUCUCCUAGGUUUAUGAGUUUUUAUUAAUAUCUGCUGAUACACACGGCGGAAUACACAUUACGAUGUCUCAAGCUGCCGUCACAGAUUAUUUUACGCGUCGUCGAAAUCGUGGUCUAGUGCAGCCUUCUAAGCGGCAGAAAAUAAACGAUGUUACCCCACAACUUGACACGAAAGAACUUAAAAUUUCCGGCAAGCAGAAAACCAAAACUAAGCAAAAGGAAGGCACAGAGAAACGAGUUACUAGGUCCAGCACUCGGAAAACCACGUCAAAAAUUACGACAACAAUUUCCUCCUUACAAGAAUAUUUUAGUCCAACCAACAAAAAUAAAUCGGAACCAGAAGUUCCCCCACCGUGUCUUCCUGUUACCGUGACAACGGCUGCUCGUGAUGAUCAUGAUGACCCCGUGACCCCGAGCAAAAGACGAAACAACGAACUUAAUGAUCAAUCAACCGUAAAGCGGGGUCGAAUCACUCCCAAAAAAAGUUUCGAGUUCGACGAGUCAACGACUCAAGUCGGAACGGAUUUUUCCGAAACUCGAUCUAAGAAAAAAUCUGCUCGAAAGCGAUUGACUCUUCGCUGUGAUGUCACAGAUGAUUUAUGUGAUGUCAUAAAUAAAAAGGACAUUAAAAAUGACAAAUCUGAAAAAGUUUUAGACAGUAAUCUGGAAACGAUAGAGGAGUCGCCUUGUGAUGUCACAAAGCCGAGUAAAUCCGACCAAUCAACAUCGAAACCUGGGCGACGGAAGAAAAUUCAAACGGACAAAGCUGUAAAUAUCGCAGAAAAACUUUUAAACAAAGAUAAAUCAAAGGAAUCUUCGAAAGUUGUGAAAGAAGUUUUGAAAGGUCAAGGAAAUCUAAAAGAUCUUCAGAAAACUUUGUUAAAAAUGAGAGAAUUAAAAAAACAAGAGAAAAAAUCAAAGAAAGUGGACGAAAAUAAAAACGAAAUUAAAGAAAAGAAAGAAGUCAAGAAACGAGUGUUCGCGCAUGAACGAUUUCAUUCGUUAGCGCAAGAAAUUCCUUCAGGGUUGUCUUUGCCAUUUAAAUAUAAGAUUUUGCAAGAAAUGUUUCAAAGUGCGGACACCGUUGUAAGCAUGUUGUUUAAUCGACAGCAAACAACAACUUGGUUGAAACUUCAUAAAGCUGUAAAAGAUAUGAUAAAAAGAAAGUUUGAACUAAAUGACUUGGGUCGAAUAAAACAUGUUUACCCCGAUGCGUAUACCUUCCGACAAGAACGAGGAAUCCCAACUUAUGACGAUAGAAUCAAAUCAACGGAUUAUCAACUAACAAUCGAACCAAUUCUCACAGAAGAAGAGUGCGAUAGAGCAUCAGACGAGCCACGAAAGUUAAACAGUGGAAUGUUGGUUCGACGACGACAUAAUUUCCAUCUCCAACUUUUAUCCCUUGUCAAGUUUCAUCACAAGGAAUUUCUUGCCUCUCUGGAGCCCCCAGUGGUGGUGGAUGAUGCAGAAAUUCGUCGUUGGCAUCCUCAGUUUCCCGUCGAUCAAGUCCCUGAUAUCACAGUAGGGGAAUUACCCACCCCACCCAACUUGGAGAAAUGUAGUUCAGCCAAAGAUGUUUUGGAGAAAACUAAAGAUAGGUUGACUAAAAAGGCGUUCGAAGCUUUAAAGAAAGUUGCAGAAAAAUGUUCCACGCCGGAAAAGUCCGUUACUGUGGAAACAAACAACAACCAAUCACCUACCAAGAAACCUGUAUCAGUUAAGGGGGUUUCCCAGUCUUUGUUGGCAAAGAUUCGCGAAAAAGAAGCUUCGUCGAAACUUCGUAAGAUGGUAAGAUCAGAUGAAAGUGAAAAGAAGAUUGAAAAGAUGAAACAACUUCCGGAUGUUGCAAGAGCUUUGCGGAUGUUGUUCGUUACUGAGAAAAAAGCAAGUUUGCCGCUGGAAUUAAUCGUAGCUCGGUUAGCUAAAUGCUGCCCUUCGGUGGCCACUCCUGUGCUAAUGGAAGAACAUGUUCGUUUACUAUCCGAGCAUAUGACGUCAUGGGCUAUUAUGAUGUCAUUGGGGAAGAAAGAAUAUCUUAAGCUUGACAAGAACAGAGACAUAAGUGAUGUCAUAAAGGAGUUGCAAUGUAAAGUCAAAGAGCUGGAAAACUGUGCAAAAUAAAUACUUUGGUUUUAAUAAUGUGUUGUGUAAGCGUGAAUAAAUAUGUUGGAAAAUA